UGAACCCAAGAGUCAUAGGUUAGAAACAGAGACUUUUGUAACAUUACCCAUAGGAAGUGAAAGUGAUGAUCAACACCACAAUCACCUGGACAUUCUGAAGAAAAAAGAAUUUCAAAUUCUCCAAAAGAAAACGAUGAAUCCCUAUUACGACGUAGAGAAGCUAAGGGACGAAGUUAUCUACCUCCACUCUCUCUGGCACCAAGGUCCUCCACAACCCCCCAUAACCACCACCACCACCGCCACUACUCACUUUCCUCAGCCCCAAUAUACGACCCACGAUCUUCGUCAUCACUAUCCUGCACCUGCCCGCACCAGAUCAUCCUUCCGGGUCCCAUCCAUCUCCUUCAAGAAGAAGAAGAAUAAGGAGAAGAAGCAAAAGGGUCGUGAUGAGGAUAACUCCGCACGACCCGACCCGGAAUGGCCAUCUCCUGUUCGACACGACCCGGUUCCAUCCACCGGUUGGGCCAAGCCAAAGACCGGUCCAGCCCCUUCGUCUAAGGUGCCUCAGCAAGAAAAGGAAAGGCUUGCGGCAGUGCAAAUGCAGCAGAAAGCGUGCAAAGCUCUGAAGGAGUUUCUUUCUAAGUGGGAUAAUGAUGAUGAUGGUGAUGGUGACGGUGGUGAUGAUGAUGAUGAUGAUGAUGGGGUAUGGGAAGAGAUUCAGGAGUUCUUUGUGGGAUUGUUCUUGGAGGACGAUGAACUCAGAGGGUACUACCAGAGGUGUUCUGAAAGUGGAGAGUUUUGCUGUUUGGUGUGUGGGGCAGUUGGGAAGAAGAAUCAUAAGAGGUUUAAGGACUGUGCUUCGCUUAUUCAUCAUUCUAUGUCGAUUUUGAGGACGUUGAAGAGAGGGGUUCACAGGGGCUUUGGUAUGGCACUGUGCAAGGUUUUGGGUUGGGAUGCUGAUCGGCUUCCUACCAUUGUGAUGAAAGGGCAGCCCCUUGGGCUGGAGACGAGUAGGCCUGCUGAGGCAGAGGGUGAGCCUAAUUUGAAUAACUUGAUUAAUGAUGAUGAUGGAAAAGAUGGUUCCCAGUCCUACGAAUCAGAUGAUAAAGCUGGGUCUUUGGAGCAUGGUGGUGUGCAAGUUGAGGAGGAGCCAACAAAAGGCAUUGAUCAGAGUACUGAUAAUGUUAGUUGUUUCUAAGUAUGAGCUUUAGCCUUUUCAAGGGAAAAAAGAAAAGCUGCAAGACAUUGUUUGUAAACUUUCUUUUGACGAUUCUGUUCUAUUUGCAAUGUUCUUCCAAGGAAAGGAAUCAAGAUGAACAUAAAUUGGAUAUUGGAGUGCAAAAAGGAGGUGGAGCAAUAUAUGAGGGAAGACAUUAUAGUCUUUUUCUGAUUAUAAAUGCUAAACAGAGACUUACAUUACUCCUAUGUGGAACACUUUAGUUUGCAUGCUGUCUCGUUAUUUAGGAAAAUGUUGCUGCUUU